AUGAGCUCGAUUAGCGUACACUCUGCUGCUCGAAAUAAUCAAUUGCCUCUUCUACGUUCCCUACUUGCCGAGGACCCAAAGCUUGUAAACGCCGUCGAUGUGGAUUCUAGGACACCGCUCCACUGGGCUGCGUCUUCUGGUUCCAUUGACAUCGCCAGCUUUCUCAUCGAUCAGAAAGCCGAGGUAGACAAGCCCGAUAGCUCAGGGUGGACCCCCCUGCACAUUGCAGCUAGCGCAGGCCAUGAAAGCAUCGUCCAAGAACUAAUCGGAGCUGGCGCAGACGUAAAUAGAAAGAAUGACAAAGGCCUUACCCCCUUGCACUACGCAGCCUCCAAGUCUCGUAUCGAUAUUGGCAGACUGCUGAUUUCGAGGGGUGCAGACAUCAACACGAGGGAUAAGGCCAACCAGCACCCUCUACACCGUGCCGCAACGACAGGGUCUGUAGGAUUCAUUCGCCUUCUCGUGGAAUCCUCGACCCCAACCACGAAAUUGCGACUGAACACGGCCGAUCGGAUUGGAAAUACCCCUCUACACCUUGCGAUGGACUCGGCCCACGCAGAGGCGGCCGUUCUUCUAAUUAACGCUGGAGCAGAUCGAACUCGUGAGAACCUGGAUGGCGAGACUCCUGAGAGCGUACCGGGCGUAGGUGGUCAGGAGCAGAAGCUCGCUCGACAGCACGUCAUCGAGCAUUGUGGAAAGCCGUAA